AUGGCUCGCCUCGCUGCCUUGUUCGUGGCCCUCGCGGCUUCAGUCGCCCUCGUGGCGGCUCAAGACUGCCCCAUAUCACCUGCCACCACCCCACUGGACUUUUCCGGGGUGAAGACUGGCUGUGCCGCCGGCCCGGAGACGUUCUGCGCCAACUGCACCUGCUCCCUCAUCGCCGCCUUCCUGCCCGCCUUCACGGCGGCCAACUUGACCAUCAACCCGGCUGACACCGCCUCCUACCCCGUCGACAAGGCUUCAGGCGUCAUCUCUGCCUGCGGCGUCGCCUACAGCUCUGGCCUGGUCAGCGCAGGCGUCAGCCUUGCGAGCCUGGCCAGCCUCGGCAGCUGCGAGUUCAACAACUCGGCGACCCUGCCGCCUUGCAUUCUGCAGCUGCUCUCGUCCACAGACCUGGUGGCUCUGCUGAGCGCCGACCAGGCCGCGGUGCUGAAGGCCGCCGCCGCGGAGAACCUGGACUCCAUCCCCGCGCUCGUGGAGUACGUGGGCACCCUCACCAACCCCAUCAACGCCACCGCCCUGAUCGAGAAGAUCUCUGCGCUCACCGCCGCCGCACCCAAGGCCGACCUCCCCUCCGCCGCCGGCUGCCCCAUCUCCCCCGACACGACCACCCUCGAUUUCGACGGCGUCCCCGCGGCGUGCGCCGCCGAUUCGCCCCUCGGCAGCUUCUGCAGCAACUGCUCCUGCGCCCUCGUCUCCGCGUUCCUGCCCGCCUUCAAGGCGGCGAACCUGACGAUUGACCCCGCCAACCCUGCAGCCUACCCUGUGGCGAAGGCCGCCGCCGCGACGGCUGCUUGCAGCGUCGCCUACACCGACAGCCUCACCGCCGCCGGCGUGGAGGUGUCCGCCAUCGCCCGCCUCGCCAACUGCACCUUCACCUCGGCCGAGGCCCUGCCCCCGUGCCUCGUCACCCUGCUCAGCCCGGCCGCAGCGGCGUCCCCCUCGCCGGCCCCGGUCGCCUCCCCCUCCCCCUCGCCGGCGCCCGCCGCCGCCGCCAAGAACUCGGCCUCCGGUCGCAUGGCGGGCGCGGCGGCCGCAUUUUUUGCGGCCCUGGCGGCUGUGGCCGUGGUGCUGUGA